AUGUUGCUGAUGAGUCACACAAGAGGGUGUGACGCUCAAUAUAAAGACCACCCUGACCGCCAAAUUUCGCACUUUCCCACCUGCAGAGCGUUACAAGCUUUGUCAGCGAGUGUGUCUCCUUACAAACCGUAUCGUGUGCAUUUAUUGUAUUGUGGUUUACCCGUCAAGCAAAUCAGCGGAUUUUAUCCAGAAUAUGGCUCACACCAAGACCUAUUAAUAGUCCUACAUCUUUUUAAGGAUGCGGUUGGUACUAACGCGAAUGUGAAGGACCACCAAUUGCGAGGGAUGAUUGGAGCGCUAAUGGCGGAGGAGCUUUGA